CUUGAACACCAUCCAUCUUUUCCUUUUCCCCAGCAAGCAAGCAACGCCUUGCGGCGGCGGUGACAGCGACGCUGCGGUAGGAGAGACAUUGAGGAUUCCAUCGCCUCCGGAGCCAGGAUUCGUGGCCUCCCUUUCUCCUCCGCACUAUAAAGUUCCGCCGGGAGAAUUCGGUGAGAUAUAUAGAAAUCGAGAUCACAAGGUCAAAGAAAGCCAAGAGGGUAGCGGAUCAGCCGGCGCCGGCGAUGUCGUCGUCGUGGAACUCGGUGGGGCUGGAGGUGCUGUACCAGGUCAUCGGCUGGAUCGCCUUCGCGGCCUGGUCAUUCAGCUUCUACCCGCAGGUCGUCCUCAACUACAAGCGCAAGAGUGUCGUGGGUUUGAACUUUGAUUUCCUGGUGCUGAACUUGACAAAGCACUCUUCCUACCUCAUAUACAAUGCUGCACUAUUCUUCAGCCCUGUCAUCCAAAAACAGUAUCAUGACAAGUUUGGUGAUAAAGAGAUGAUUCCUGUUGCUGCAAAUGAUGUUGCUUUUUCUGUACAUGCUGUUACCUUGACAGCUUUUACCCUUUCUCAAGUGCUCAUCUAUGAGCGUGGGAAUCAGAAAGUCUCCAAAGUGUGCAUAUCAAUCACUGCUGUGGUCUGGACAGCUGCUAUUGUUUGCCUUAUUGUAGCUUGGCCAAAAAGUAACUGGCUAUGGCUUAUUGAUAUAUUCAACACAAUACAGGUUCUGAUGACAGCAAUCAAGUACAUCCCUCAGGCUGUGAUGAACUUCAGGAGGAAGAGUACUACUGGUUGGAGUAUUGGCAAUAUAUUACUUGAUCUUACAGGAGGAGUGCUGAACUUUGGUCAGAUGGGUGUGCAAUCUAUUGAUCAGCACACCUUAGUGAAUUUCUAUGGAAAUAUCGGGAAAACCCUUCUUUCAUUGGAAGUUGUUUUCUUCGAUGUUAUAUUCAUAAUUCAACACUAUGUGCUGUACCCUGUCAAACGCGAUGAGAAUGACGGUGUCUAUCCUGUUCUCCCUGUUCAAGUGAAAGACGGUGCAGCCGUGUAAAAUUGGAUUAGCUGGAGAUGAAGAUGGCCCCUUCCCGGAUCUUAGGAAGCAUGAUGGAGGGUCCAAGAGUGAAGAUGGCUGAUAAAGUUCAGUGUGAAAUACAGUAUGAACCAAGGGGCAGAAACAAAAGAAGCACAUCUUUGGAACAUUCAAAAGAAUACCAAUCUGGCAUAUCCAUCCCAUAUAUGUCAGCCAAGGAGAUGCAUCGGAACUAAGAUUGCCACGAGCUGGAUUAUUCUCAUGUACAUGUUUUUUUAGCACAAGCAAACAAAGGGUACAAUCUAGGAGACGCACAUGCACCUUUCAUUCUAUCCAAUCGUCAAUUUCAUCUUCUCAUUA